AUGGGGAAGCCUCAACGCAACGCCGCAGCGGGCCCUAGCCGCCGCAGUGCAAGGGCGGCCUCCACUAUCAAGAAUGAGCGCAUCACUCGAAGCAGCAGGAACAAACAUAGCUAUGCUCUCGAUGAUCCAGAGCAGGCUGAGCGUGAUCUCAAUGCGCAGCUCAAACGUAUGGGUCUCUAUGCAGCCAAUACCACGGGUGAUGGCAACUGCCUCUUUCGCGCUCUUUCAGAUCAACUCUACGGACAUUCGGGUCGACAUGCACAGUUGCGCCAAGAGACGUGCGAUCAUCUUGCUGCACGACCAGAGAAAUUCGCCGGGUUUGUUGACGACAAGCCUUUCGUCCAAUACGUUCGUCUUAUGCGCGAAAAUGGCACCUAUGGAGGUCAUCUAGAGCUUCAUGCAUUUGCACAGAUGAAGCAGAAGCAAAUCAAGAUCGUACAACCUGGCCUUGUCUACGUGGUCGAAGACGUCGACGACUCGCCAGAAGCGAUACGUGCCCGUGAAGAAAAGGAGAGGGAGCGUCUUCGCGUCCAGAACAGCAUCGAAGCAGGCACUGGCUCUGCACCACUCACAGAACGCCAACGGCGGAGGCAAAAGAGGGAAGAGAGUAAGCGUGACAAGAAAUCGACCAAGCUCUCCAGUAGCGACGAUCCAUCGACGUCAGCAUCACCGGCCACGUCAGGCUCGGGCUCCACCUCAAGUGAUCAAGCAGCAUCAGAAAGUGCACCAGACAGCUCAGCGGUAUCCUCGACUCCAACCGCUUCGCAAGAAAGCAGCGCCGCCACGCAAGUCGAGGUGGCAGAAGCUUACGGCCCGCUCUACAUAGCCUACCACAACUGGGAGCAUUACAGCUCGAUCAGAAAUCUCGAUGGGCCCCACUCUGGACUUCCACGCAUCAAGGAGCAGACUAUGACAGCAGCGGCCGAAGCAGCAAAUACAGAUAGUGACAACUCAGCGAAGGAAACGGCCAAGAAUGCCGAGCCGACUACAGAGGAGAAAAUGAUCCUUCAGAGCGUCAGUGGCGAACACGAUUUGGAGGAGGUGCGACGGCUGCUUCGCGAGCAUCACAAUGACUGGGCACAUGUCGUUGAGCUGCUGGUAGAGAAGGACACGAUCAUCGACGAAUUAGAGGUCGGCGCUGAACUGCAAGCUUUGUCUUCGUCUGGUGACCAAACAUCAGCGGCCGAUCGACUCGCCGUUCCGCCACCAUCACUACCGGACCACAUGCGACAUUGGCGCGCUACCUCGCCGUCAUCGGUCGACACGUCAGCCACGCACAGCAGCGGAGAAGGCGAUUCUCCCUCGACUACUGCCACCACGGACGAUGGAGGUGAUACAACAGCGUGUGCAUCUCCAAGCGCAUCGAGCCUCUCACGUGGCAGCACGCCGGGCGUCGAAAGGUUGAGCAGCAAACGUGCCGCCUCGUCCGACCCAAUGACCAUGAGCACGAUCCGCAGCCCAAAGCGACGCUCUCAGAGCCGCUCACCUGAUGUCGAACCUGGAUCCGAUGCACAGGGCGAAGCUGCGAAUAAUGAAGCAGAAGCAGCGCCGUCGCCAGCAAAUGCCGAUCUGGGUCAGAACGAUGAAGCCGUUUACGAGAUCAUCAAACGCGGACGCGGACGACCACGCAAGGACGGCUUGCCCAACAAGUCGACUGUCGCAAUCAAGCGUCGUGUUCCAACGGCGCGUGAGAAGCGUGAUGCUGCUCAGGCACGCAAGCGUGAGAGACAGCUUGAGAAGAUCGGACGAGCUCGUGCAGGAGCUGCAUCGGAUGAAGCUCAGCAUAAGGACGGAAAAGGAGCAGCCAACCGCCCUUCGCCCGCCGAAGUGUGUGGCUUCCGCGAGCUCAAAAUUUGA